AAUAAAAACUUAAGUUUCCCACCGAAAAAUUAAAACCAGUAGUACAUAUAGUAUGGUUUCAUAUUAUAAGUUCAAAAUAUUUACAACUCAUAAAAUAUGGAUUUAGAUAGUGAUACAGAAACAUCAUUAACAAACCAACAUAUAUUUGAGUUAUAUGAGUUUGAUGAAGAUAACUUAGAAGAGGAGUUUGAAGCAACCAAUAAUAUUGAUGAGUCCUGUGAAGAUAACUUACAAGAGGAGGUUGAAACAAACAAUGACACAGAAAAUGUUGAAGCAGAACCUAGAGAAAAAAAGAGAUUAAGAAUCUUAAGCAAUGAAGAACGCAUGUAUAUUUAUCAUGAGCUACUACAAAAAAGCGUUGAUGGAAAAUUACGUAAAAGAGCUACAAAUGAGGUGGCUUCAUCAAAUUCGGUUCCUCUAAGAACUGUUCAACGUAUUUGGAAAAGAGCAAAAGAAAGUGAAACACGUGAUGUCUCUCAUAGGAAGACAAAAGAAAGUUGA